GUCAUUGUGACGUCACGGAGGCAGAGCUAUAAGGACGUCAGCUGCGCGGAAGUUAAACAAACUCGAGAGACUCGGUCGGUUCGGAGGUGUUCUCCUCGUUUCUCCUCGUUUCUCCUCCGUUUCUCCUCUCUCCGUUUCUCCUCAUUGCUCCUCGUUUCUCCUCCGCUCCUCAACAUCGGACACAAACCAACAUGGCGAACAACCAGAUAGAAAUCCACGACCCCUUCUCCAACCACCGCGACCUCAAGCGCAGCGAAGACGACGAUGCUGCGUCUUCCUCAGACACCGAGGACAUGGACGGCACGCCGGAGUUCAGACUCCUCAUGGCCUACGCCACGAGGAGACGAGGGAACAAGGAGUCACCUGGACAGAAUGGGAACGGAGCCCCCCCACCUUCGACGCCCCUGAUCAGUACUGGGACGAUGGAUGACGAGAAGCCGAAGCCGAAGAAGAAGAAGAAGAAGAAGGUGUGGAAACGAUUUUUGGGAUGCAUCAAACCUCAGACACGGGACGAAGAACCGGAUCAAGCGUCUCAUCCGGAUCACGACGUCUCCAACAGAUGUGGUUUUAGGGAGGCUGAAGUUGUAGAAAACGAGGAUUUGGACAAAGCUGCGAAGUGUCUGACGAGGAUCGCAGACGAUAUCCCGUUCCUGCCUCCGGACGUGGAGGCGGACUCGCCAAACGACGACGUGGAGCGGAUGGUUGGUCUCCUGCUGAGGGAUGCCGGAGACGAACUGAACGAGAGGGAGCUGAAAGAUCUCUCGUUAGCCAAAGAGCUCUUUUGGAACUACAGUUUCUUCAAGGCGAUAAUGACGACCCUCCUCACCCGGAUGGGCUUCAGGACCUCGGACCCCGACUCCCCGGGGCCUCGCGCGUCGCCCAAAUCCCAGAUCGCUGUGGCCUGCGAGGCCACCAGUCGCCUGUCAGUGAUGGAGACGAUGCCCGUGAACCAGAUGUGCCGCUACGGAGCCAGAUAUGUGAAGGAACAUCACUCGUCCUGGGCACAAGAGCACGGAGGAUACGAGGCAGCGUUUGAGAGUGACGAGGAGGAGGAGGAGUGUGAUUAGUGACAACCUGCCACGAUGGACCUCCAGGGGGCGCUAACACCUGGAGUUUACAGACGUUAAUCAUGUUUAAAAUGUUCUCAGGGAACAAAGCAAGACCUUGAAUAACUUAUAACUUCAAUUAUUGUCAUUCCUCUUUUCUCUUGUGCCAAACUUUUACAAAUCUCACAGGUACUUUGGGCCAAAGAAGAGAGAAUGUUUGUACUGUACCGUUCAUCUCAUCCAGUUAGAAAUGGUUGUAACUCGUGUUUCUUGGGGGAUGUGUCGGGUCUGUAGCCUUUUUAAUAAACAGGUUAUGAGCUAUGUUAUAGUUUAAAAACAACUUUCUUUAGACGAGUUGAGUAAUGCUGAGCAAAUGCACUUUUACGUGAAUAAUAAACAGGAAAUCUUAAGCUCGGGGACGAGAUGGAUGAACUGAGGGACGUGUUGAUUCUGUGUAAUUGUUGCUGGUGGGUGAUGCAUGUGUGUAUUAAUUUAAAUGUCUGAAUUUGAUAAAUGUGUGAACUGUAUGAAUUUGCUGAUUUUUCUACAUAAAAAUAAAUGUCUAUUUAUAAAAAAAUAA